UUUUAUUUUAGACAAAAUGUUAAAGUGUUUUUUCUUUGCAGGGUGUCGCCCUGUGCGCAUGCGUGUUCCACCCAGUGACGUGUGUAAACAACCGUUGAGACAUUUAAACCUUCAGCUGUCAGACACCGAGGGGACACGUCACGGUGGUUUCAAACUGUUGGACUCUAUCAUGCAGCAUGAGCCCACGAGGACGUCCUCCGUGCUCCACCUCAGUGGAGGAGGACCGUCUCUGACGUCCACCAAGAGGACCGAGCCUCAGAACUUUGCAGAGUCUCUUCCCUCAGAGAUGAGCGUGAGGAUCUUCAGUGAGUUGGACCCGGAGAGUCUGUGCAGCGCGGCCUGCGCCUGCAAACUGUGGCACCACCUCAUCGAGGACAGCGAGCAGCUGUGGAGGACUCAGUGUCUGCUGGUCCGAGCCGUCUGCCAGAGGGAGGUGGACAGGGACCGGAGACACGGGCUGUCCUGGAAGGUUGGUGGACGGUGCCGUGGACGGUGCUGGGGAAGCAGGGCUGCUGCUGGAAAGGGCCCACGCCAUGAGAUGUCUAAAAGAGAUGUGACGUUGGUGAGGAACUACACUCGCAGCUGCCUGAAGAGCGAUUGGCUGAGAGGAAGGUACAGUCACGUGAGGUCAGCGGAGGAGCUGAGCGGCAGGAGGAUGACGCCGCUCGACGCCGAGACGUGGGGGGAGAUCCUGGAGGCGGAGCUAGACAGAUGACUUCAGGAGAUCAGAGGAUCUUCUUUGUAUAUUUUGUAUUUUUAUCAGACAAACAGCUGGACGUGUUUUUUUUACUUUUUUAAGAAAAAGAAUCAUGUGGAAAGAGAAUGAAUCAAAUGGAACAGGAACUUUAUUGGUGAAUUGUUUCUUCAGCUGUUUCAUUGCUUCGAUGUAAAUAUGUAAUAAAUCUCUUUGUGAAACUCA